AUGGUAUUUGGAAAUACAAGUACUAGUAUAAGUGAUGGAGAAAAAAAUCCUACUCAUAAUUCACAAGAUAAUGAUUUAAAAUCAAUAGUUUCAAAACAACAUGAAGAAGAAUAUGAUUUAUAUGUUGCAAAAUCAAAUCCAAGUGCAACUAAUGCUCAAGAUGGUCAUAGAUUAAGAAAAGCUUUGGAUCCAAGACAUGUUAGUAUGAUUGCUAUUGGUGGUGCUUUAGGUACUGGUUUAUUAAUUGGAACAGGUAGUUCAUUAAAAACAGCAGGUCCAGCAGCAAUUUUAAUUACAUAUUCAUUAAUUGGAGCAGUUGUUUGGAUAGUAAUGUCAGCAUUAGGAGAAAUAAGUACUUUUAUUCCAUUAAAUGGAUUUGCAAAUUAUGGGAAAAGAUAUAGUGAUGAAGCUUUAGGAUUUGCAUGUGGUUAUGUUUAUUUAAUUAAAUAUUUAAUAUUACCGGCUAAUCAAAUGACUGCUGGUGCUUUAACUAUUCAAUAUUGGAUUUCAAGAGAUAGAGUUAAUCCUGGAGUUUGGAUUACUGUAUUUUUAGUUAUAAUUAUGGGUAUUAAUUUUUUAGGGGUUAGAUUUUUUGGAGAAAUUGAAUUUUGGUUAAGUGCUUUAAAAGUUAUUACUUGUUUAGGAUUGAUUUUAGUAUUAUGGGUUAUUGCAUUAGGUGGUGGACCAACUCAUGAUAGAAUUGGGUUUAGAUAUUGGAAACAUCCAGGUGCUUUCAUUGAAUAUCUGGAUUCAACUAAAGACUUAAUUAUUCAUGGUGGAAAAGGAAGAUUUGUUUCAUUUGUUGCUGUUUUAGUUACUGCUGUAUUUGCUUAUUUAGGAACUGAAUUAGUUGCUAUUACUUUUAGUGAAACUAGAAAUCCAAGAAAAGCUAUACCAAAAGCUAUUAAAUUAACUUUAUAUCGUAUUUUGGUUUUUUAUAUUUUAUCUAUUUUAUUUGUUGGUAUGUGUGUUAGUGCUAAAGAUCCAUUAUUAUUAUCUGCAAAAGGUACAAAUGCAGGUGCUUCACCUUUUGUUAUUGCCAUCAAAAAUGCUAGAAUCAGAGGUUUAGAUCAUGUUAUUAAUGCAUGUAUUUUAUUGUUUGUUUUUUCAGCUGCUAAUUCAGAUGUUUAUGUUUGUAGUAGAGCUUUAUAUUCAUUAGCUGCUGAUGGUUAUGCUCCUAAAUUUUUUACAAAAACAAAUAGAUUAGGUGUUCCUUAUUAUGGUUUAGGUUUAUCAUUAUUAUUUAGUUUAUUGGCUUAUAUGAAUGUUUCAAGUGGUUCAGCAGAAAUUUUUGGAUAUUUUGUUAAUGUGGUUUCCUUAUGUGGUUUACUUGCUUGGAUAUGUAUUUUAAUCUAUCACAUUUGUUUCAUGAGAGCAUUAAAAGCACAAGGCUUUUCAAGGAAAAAAGAUUUAGUAUACAGAGCACCAUUACAACCAUACGCUUCAUAUUUUGCAUUAACUGUAUGUGUUAUAAUUGUAUUUAUUAAAAAUUUCACAGUAUUUUUAGGUGAUGAAUUCACUUAUAAAUCUUUUAUAACUGGAUAUAUUGUAUUACCAGUAUUUAUAUUAUUAUUUGUUGGAUACAAGUUAUGGUACAAAACCAAAUGGUUAAAACCACAAGAAGUUGAUUUAGAUACUUUUAGAGAUGUUAUUGAUGCUGAAUUUGAACAAUAUCAAGCUGAAGAUGCUGAAAGAAAAGCUGUUAGAGAAGCUGAAGGUAAAAAAUAUGAUAGGGAAUGGCUUUAUGAUAAAACUUUAGGAUGGAUUUUUUAA